AUGUGUUCUGUGAACGCGUUAAAGCAUUUCAUGAAGAAUGUUAAUUUGGACAUAUCCAAUGAUAAUUUACAUUUUGAAAAUGGAGAACCAGCAGGACAGUAUGACAUUGAAAACUGUGUUAUUGCUCCAAAUCAAUCAAUACUACUUAAUCAAGUUGGCAGUUUUAAAUAUUCUGCACCAGCUGGACAGCAAUUGACAAUUAAUGAAAAUCUCAUACAGUGGAACCACAUGUUUAAAAAGACUCCCCAUUCUGUGUGCAGUGAAAGUUGUCCUCCUGGAUAUAGGAAAGCGCAAAGGAGAUUAGAGCCCAGAUGCUGUUAUGAUUGCAUUGCCUGUUCAGAAGGAGAGGUAGCUAAUAGUACUGAUAUGGAAAACUGUAUGAAGUGUGCUGUUGACCAGUGGUCCAACUACGAAAGAACUAAAUGUAUUUCCAAAUCCAUAGAUUUUCUUUCAUAUGGUGAUGCGUUGGGUAUUACUUUGUCAUGUAUAGCCAUCCUCUUAUCAUUUGCCACUGUGGGAGUGCUGAUCAUUUUUAUUGCCAAUAGGGAGACAGCUAUUGUGAAAGCAAAUAACAGGACCAUGAGUUACAUAAUCCUUUUUUCCCUCACAGUGUCAUUUCUUUCUUCUUUACUAUUCAUUGGGCGCCCACUGGCCAUAACAUGCUUGAUGCGGCAAGCCUCCUUUGGAAUAACUUUUACAACUGCAAUAUCUGCAGUUUUAGCUAAAACUAUAAUUGUUGUUAUUGCAUUCAGUGCUACAAAACCUGGCAGUAAAGCACGAAAAUGGGUUGGAUCAAACAUUCAUAACUACAUAGUAUGCGUCUGUACACUGGGGGAAGCUAUUAUAUGUUUUGCAUGUUUUAUUCACUCCCCACCGUUUCCUGAAAUUGAAACCAAUGAAAAUUCUCAGAAAAUGGUAUUGCAGUGCAAUGAAGGAAUGGCAUUUUAUUUUGUUGUUGGAUAUAUGGGAAUGCUGGCAUUUCUAAGCUUUAUUGUUGCAUUUCUAGCACGCAAUUUACCAAAUAGUUUUAAUGAAGCAACGCAUAUAACGUUCAGUAUGUUAAUUUUCUGCAGUGUUUGGCUAUCCUUCAUUCCAGCAUAUUUGAGUACUAAGGGAAAAAAUAUUGUUGCUGUUGAAAUAUUUACUAUACUAGCUUCAAGUGCUGCAUUGCUUUACAUGUUCAUGCCGAAAUGCUACGUUAUCAUAAUCAGGCCAGAUCUAAACAACAAAGGACAUUUGAUUGGCAAGAAUGUUUAUCCUACUAUACAAUAGUAUAUGUACAUUACAAUAGUAACAUGUUUUCAUUCUACAACAUGUUCUCUACUUUUAAAGCAUGUCUCUAUUAAAUAUUGAUAACCACUUUCCUGAGAGCAGUAAACUGUUCGGAACACGCUUUCUGUAGUUACAAUAUUUUAAAAAUGGAUAAGGAAUGGAUACAAAACUCCUACUAUGUUAGGAAUAAGCAAUCACAAUC